AUGCUAGAUAAAAUUCUCGAACCUAAACUUUUUCAGAUUGUUACUCAUUUUAUGAUACAUGGUCCUUGUGGGAUAUUUAACCCUAAAUCGCCUUGCAUGGAAAAUGGCAUAUGUACCAAAAAAUUUCCUAAGGAUUUUCAAAUGGAAACAAGACCAAAUAUUGAUGGGUAUCCAUAUUAUAAAAGGCGAGAUAAUGGUAUUACAAUUCUUUCCGGUAAACCUACGGAUAAUCGUUAUGUUAUUCCAUAUCAUCGAUAUCUAAUGUUAAAAUUCAAUGCUCAUAUUAAGGUGGAAAUUUGUACAUCUAUUAAAUCGAUAAAAUAUAUCUUUAAGUAUAUUUAUAAGGGCUAUGACUGUACUAAUGUUGACAUUAAUGUUGCUUCAAAUAUAAAUAUUCAUGACGAAAUUAAAUCACAUUUAAAUGCGCGAUAUGUGAGUGCAUGUGAAUCAAUGUGGAGAUUAUUAGAAAAUAAUAUGCAUGACCGCUCGCACGCUGUUAUUUGCUUAGGAAUUCAUUUACCUUUACAACAGAGAGUAUAUUUCACUGCUGGACAUGAAAGAGAUUGA